GCUUGCUGUUAUUUCAUUAUUAUUCUCGACUGCUGUUGUGCUUGGCUGUUUGUUCGUAGGUGAGACGGGCAUGGGCGCGAUUCCGACGCUGCGCCGCCUUCGGAAUCGUAUCUGCCCCGCGAUUCAGGUACCCCCACUUCGCUGCAAGCCAUCACCUCUGCUGCAGGGUAGAAAGAAGCUGGGAUUAAUAUAUAGCAAGCCUCGUCUGUUUCUAGUCUUGGAACAAACACUUGGGUUAUUACAUAGUGUAUCCAUGUAUUCACGAGUUACCACUUGGCAACCACCUACUACGCUAUCUAUCAUUACCUACUAUAUGACCGUCGUCAACAGGGUAUUAAACGUGGCGCGGCCUAUGAACCGUCGUCCAAACGCCGAGCAUGAGCUAUACGCUCUAUAAAUGCUGUCAUCAUCAUAACCAUGCAAAGCCCAGCUUCUACAUGUCCCAAAAUACUAUGCAUCAGAAUACC